AUGAGCGAGCCUGCUCCCACCGCUGCGCUCGACUCCUUGCCGUCUGCGCUGCGUGAGCGCAUCCGCGGCGAGCCGAGUGCACAGCAGCAGCCGUGCGCGCCUCCUCCGCGCACGCGCAUCGCAACCACGGCUCCAGCUCACGUCCUCUACCUCGUCCGCACCGCCCUCCGUGCCGAGAGGAACCCGGCGCUAGAGGUGGCGCUGCGCAUAGCCUCGGCACAGGGCAUCCCGCUGGUGUGCGUCGCUGUCGUCGAGGACUCGCAUCCGCCAGCCGUGCCGCGGCUUCGGCGGCCUCCGACCGACCGCUCCGCCGCGUUUCGUCUUGAAGCGCUGAGCGAGCUGCAGCCGGCCUUCGAGAAGCGUGGCACGGCCUUGUGGGUGCACCUCGUGCGUGACGGCUGCCGCGCCGCCGUCGCGAUGAGCUUGGCCGCACGAGCCGCACUCGUCGUUGCUGAGGAGCACUUUGGCGCCUCCCGCAUGUCCGCCUACGUGAACAGCGGCAUGAUCGACCCGGCCACCAUGGCGCGCGACGCCGCCUCCGCGCGGGCAGACAAGUUCCUGGACGAGUUCGUCGGCUGGCGCGAGGCGCCGUAUGUCUGGUGUCUCCGCCACCCGGGGGGGUAUGCGCGCGCCGCCGUCGCCGUACCAGCUUGGGGACGCAACCAGCUCGCGGGCUGUGGCGGCGGCGGCGAGGGCCCAAGCUUGGCGGAGCUGGAGAGUGGUCGCACGGGCGACGCGUACUGGGAUGAUUGCCAGCGCUGCCUCGCGCUGAGCGGAGAGCUGCACAAUAACGUCCGAAUGGCGUGGGGCAAGGCGGUACCGGCUUGGUGGGAGGCUGCCGCUGGCGAACUGCUCAUCCACCUCAACGACAGCUUCGCGCUCGAUGGGGGCGCGCCGCCCUCGUACGGCGGCCUCCUCUGGUGCCUCGGCUGGCGCGACAAGCCCGGCCCCGGAGGCGCGCCCGCGCCAGAGUCGCCCACGCAGAGCCCGAGCCCUCCUCCCACGGCACCCUGCCUCCGUCGCUAG